AUGGCCAGAGGAUUGCUGUAUCUUCAUUCUCAGGUGAACCUUAUUUAUGGAAAUCUGACAUCUAGCAAUGUAUUGCUAGAUGAAAAUACAAAUGCGAAAACCUCAUACUACGGCCUCUCGCAACUAAUGUCUCCUACUGCUAAUGCAAACAUAAUCGCAACUGGUGGAACUUCUCACCAGAAAAUCGCUGGGAGAGACGAUGAACAGUGUCGAUUUACCUCAAUGGGGAAAAUAGCCGGAAAAAGCAAGAACGGUGUCGAUUUAUCUCAAUGGGCUGCUUCCAUUCUGGAAGAGGAAUGGACAACGAAAUCAGUGAGGAGGAGGAACAAAGCAACAGUAAGCAGAGCCCACGAUUCAUUGAGUUCAUCCACACUUUUCUCACAAAUUCGUUUUGCUGCUCUCCAGGCCUCACCAGCUCUGUCACCACUUCUUUCCAAGAAAGGUUCUGAGCAAAUGGGUUCUCCUGCCAUGACUUCUCUCAGAGCACUGGCACUACUUGGUGCAGGUGUAACUGGGCUUCUAAGUUUCACUACUAUUGCAUCUGCUGAUGAGGCUGAACAUGGUUUGGAGGCACCAAGCUAUCCUUGGCCUCAUAGUGGCAUCCUCAGUUCAUAUGAUCAUGCCUCGAUCCGCCGUGGCCAUCAGGUUUAUCAGCAAGUUUGUGCAUCCUGUCAUUCAAUGUCUCUUGUGUCGUACCGUGACUUAGUUGGUGUUGCAUAUACUGAGGAUGAAGUUAAAGCAAUGGCUGCUGAGAUUGAGGUGACUGAUGGACCUAAUGAUGAAGGUGAGAUGUUUACUCGCCCUGGGAAAUUGAGUGACCGUUUCCCACAGCCAUAUCCAAAUGAAGCAGCAGCCAGAUUUGCUAAUGGAGGUGCUUAUCCUCCAGACUUGAGUCUCAUUACCAAGGCUCGUCAUAAUGGUCAGAACUAUGUCUUUGCCCUCUUAACUGGCUACCGUGAUCCUCCUGCUGGCAUCACUAUUCGAGAAGGUUUGCAUUAUAAUGCCUACUUUCCGGGAGGUGCUAUCGCUAUGCCCAAAAUGCUCAUUGAUGGUGCAGUGGAGUAUGAAGAUGGUACUCCAGCUACUGAAGCUCAGAUGGGGAAAGAUGUGGUGUCAUUUUUGUCGUGGGCUGCAGAGCCGGAGAUGGAAGAAAGAAAGCUUAUGGGAUUCAAGUGGAUUUUGGUGCUCUCCCUCGCACUCCUUCAAGCUGGUUACUACAGGCGCUUGAAAUGGUCGGUUUUCAAGUCACGUAAACUAGUCCUCGACGUGGUUAAUUAA